AUGUCGUCGUCGCCCGGAUCGCUCAAGGGCUUCUCGCCCGUCCUGGGCCCGAGAAACACCAACAAAGACCGCGACCGCGACAGAGAUCGGGACAGGGAGCGCGACGGGAACACGUCUAGGACCGGAAAGAUGCGCGCCGCCCUGCACCUGGGCUCCGUCGUCGACGACUGGCCCAUGUACUCCGCCAACGGCGACGACUACAUCAUGGGCGACACGAUCGGCUUUGGCGCCUCGUCGGUCGUGCACCAGGGCGUCUUCAAGCCGCUCGACAAGGCGUGCGCCAUCAAAGUCAUCGACCUCGAGGCCUACGGCCGCGAUACCGAGGAGCUCCGCCGCGAGACGCAGCUCAUGUCGCUCUCCAAGCACCCAAACGUCCUACGCGUGCGCGGCUGCUGGGUCAAGGGCACCAAGCUCCACAUCGCCAGCCGCCUCAUGAACAGCGGGUCGAUGCUCGACAUUAUGAAGUUUUCCAGCCCAGAGGGCUUCGACGAGACCGUCAUCGCCACCGUCCUCAAGCAGGCGCUCGAGGGCCUCAACUACCUCCACAUCAACGGCUGGCUCCAUCGCGACCUCAAGGCGGCCAAUAUGCUCGUCGACGACGACGGGACGGUCCUCCUCGGUGACUUUGGCGUGGGCGUGUUUGUCGGCGAGAGCGAAAAGUCGUCGAACCCGGUCUCGACCGAGGGCAAGCGCAAGAGCUUCGUCGGGACACCGUGCUGGAUGGCGCCAGAGGUCAUUGAGCGGAAACACUACGGGACCAAAGCCGACAUCUGGAGCUUUGGCAUCACCGCCCUGGAGCUGGCACAGGGGCGGGCGCCCAACUCGCGCCUCAGCCCCGUCAAGGUGCUGAUGCGCACGAUGCAGGACGAGCCGCCGCAGCUCGACCGCAACGGCAACGCCAACAAGUACUCCAAGACGAUGGAGGACUUUGUGCGCGUCUGCCUGCAAAAGGACCCGGCCAAGAGACCGAGCGCGGACAAGCUUCUCGGGCACGCCUUCUUCAAGCAGGCGAAGCCACCCAAGUACCUGAUCACGGCGAUCCUCGCCGGGCUGCCGCCGCUUGCCCAGAGGCAGGAGCGGCGGCGGAAACCGUCGAUGAUCUCGACGCGCGAGUGCAUGUCGUGGGACUUUGGCUCGAUCAGCAGCCGCGGACCGACGCCCGGCGUGGAAAAGACGGAUCCCUUCCGCAACUUUACCGGCGUCGUCUCGCUGCCUUCGCCGCACGGCUCGGUGCGCUCGACGAAGCUGGUGUCGAUCGACGGGCAGCACGUGCUCGCCACCGAGGAGGACGACGACUCGAUCCACUCGCUCUCGCAGAGCCUCUUCCGCCGGCUGGGCAGCAGCGGUGGUGGUGGCGGCGGCGGCGGCGGCGGUAGCGACAACGAUGAUCACCAUCGACGAGAGCUCAACGCCAACAGCUGGGGCAAGCGGCGGAGCGGCAUCGGCCACCGCAAGUCGGUCUCGUUUGAGAACAAGGACGACGGGUCCAAGGCGAGCGGCGAUGCGGGUGCAGGUGCAGGUGCAGGCGCCGAAGGGCCGAGCGCCCUCGCCGCGUCCUCCCUGGAGCCGAUCGGGGAAAAGUCGACGCCGCAGACGUCGGCGGCGCUGCCGAGCGACGUCGACAUCGCUCCUCUCGACAUCGCAGACGGGGUCGAGGCGGUUCCUGGCACCGCGGGCGAGCAGGGAGCUGUCGCCACCGAGACACGUGCGGCGGGCUCGCAUGCUGCGACGGGCACGACGACGGCGGACGGCCAGAUGGAGCGCGCUGGCAGCGUGGAUUCAGACGCCUCGGCCUCUUCGCACAAGCCGACGACGUCGACGCCUGCCACGUCGGCGCCGUCAUCGCUGACCACGGCCGAGGUCGAUGCCACGCCGUCAUCGUCGCCGCCGCCGCCCUCGGUCCUCGGCCAGAGCAAGCUGCACCUGCAGCGAGUGCUGAGCGGCGCCUCGUCGAGGGCCGGCGACGCCGCCAGCAGCAGCAGCAGCGGCGGCGGCGGCGGCGGCGGCGGCAACCGGUCGUCGAAGCGCGACUCGGUGUUUGGCAAGCUGUUCAAGGGCGGCAGCCGCAAAGAGGCCAAAGCGUGA